AAAACAGAUGGCACGGCUUUACUUCAGCCCGUCCCUGCUGGUAGCCCCGUCGCUACUUGCACUCCAGGAACGGCCGCUGUCAGCAGUAGCACCAGCAGUAGUCCACGCUACGAUUGCACGUCAACAAUAUCACUAGGACCUGGGCUAACUGGCUACUCUGGAAGCUUGCAGACUCUCUCAGCCUGUUGUUCACCAGCCCCUGUUUCUAGUACCGCGGCUAAUUCCUCUCCGUCAGCUAAACUUCUUUCUCUGGGGCCCCUUGGUGUUGGAACUGCUGCUUCAACUAGCCCCAUCUCUGUGGUUUCCGCCUCUAACUUUGGAGCCUCUCCUCCCAUCACUACCACUUCGUCUACUUCUAUUCCUCAGAGUUUAUUAGGUACCUCCGAUAUCUCUAGUUCAUCUCCCUCUUUCUCCGCCAGUUCACCAGCUGCUGCUGCCGCCUGUCAGGCUGGUUCGUCUGGCCCCGCCACAUUUGUUCUUCCUCUCUCCGUUGUAAAUGCUGCUGCAGCAGCCCUUACUAUGCCGUCUGCUUCUGGUACGCCGGUAUUUGUGAAUGGACUGACGACAAAUGGUCAUCAUAUAUCUACUGGUCACGGAACUCCUGCUUCUGGAGGUUUCGAUGAAUGCAUUGACUUGAAGCCUGAUCCUGUAGAUUGUCUGGCUCGGGCCGCAGCAGCAGCCGCAGGACUCUCGAAUGAAUCUGCGAGCCCUGCUUCAUCAGCUAGUCUUGCGCUAGGCCUACCCUCUGGUGCCACGGCAGUUGUCUCUAGUGCCGACUUGGCCGCACUCGGAUUCACUCAUCUUACUCCACUGGCAUCGCCACUUAGCCACAUAGCUGCUGGCUCUCUUGCUACAACCAGUAUGACUGCAAGCACGCCCGUAGGUACUCUUCUACUUACUCAGGGAGCACCUGUAACUUCUGGUCUGGCUGGCUCGUCUAUGCAGCAUCAUCAUCAAAGUGCUGUUUCCACCUCUUCACCUUCCUUUUCACCCCUUACUUCCAAUUCCUCAACUGCCAUAUCAUCUAUCUCCAAUACCUCAUCCUUUCUUUUACCCACCGGUAUCCUUCCACUGGGUACCAGCCCCUCCACCACCACCAGUUCGGUCUCCUCUGGUGGAACUCUUUCUUCCAACCACAAUGCUGGCUUGGUAGCCUCUACUGGCCUACUUCUUGACGCUGUGAAGCCCUUCGCCGCUGCUGCCGGAGGUGACCCAACAACUGAGGGUCUAGUUUCGCUUAUCCAAGGAUCGACAGGCACUUAUACAACUGCAACACCAGCCACCGGUGCUGGAGGAGGUGGGCCAUAUGGCUGUCGGGAAUGUGGCAAAGAGUUUCGAAUCCUACGCUAUCUCGAAAAGCAUCGACGUAUUCACACUGGCGAAAAACCUUAUCAAUGCUGUUUUUGCGGCCGCCAAUUUAACGACUGGCCGAAUAUGAAUCGGCACAAGCGGAUACACACAGGUAUACUUACUUGUAGUAUUAGGUGGCUAGGCUUUCUUCGAUUCUUUCUUCUGGACACUUUUUUCUAA